CAAGAAAUCAUUGUAACUAAUGAGACGAUUAUUAUUAUUAAAUAAAAAUUACAUCCUAUGAAUAUAUAUUCGUAGCUGUUUAUCGAUUAUGAAUUAAUCGAGUAAUCAAACGACGAUUAAUUAAUUAUAGACCGAUAACCUCGAGAAUUUUGCCGAACAAGCAGGCAACACGUCGCACAAAAGCGUAGUGCAUUAAAUAUAAGCGAUCGAGCCUAUCGUAACACGAUGGGUCCCAGGAAAUUUCGGCCAAGCACUUAUCAAGUUUGCAUAACUAUCCUGGGGGCAAAACAUUUACCCCAAAAUGCAAACCCUUCUAUUGUGAUUAAAGUGGGCAAUCGAAAAAGAAAAACCAUGAUUCGACAAAGAACUGAUGCACCAAUUUAUAAAGAAUACUAUGUCUUUGAUUUAUUCUGCAAUUUGGAAGAACUUUUGAGCACGAAAAUCGUGAUAGCUGUAUAUUUAAAGCAUUUCGUACGGCUGAAAUUUCAUGGCAGCACAAGUUUUGAAGUGGCGCUCGUGUGGGAGCAGCCAGAUCGUCAAUAUUACCAUAAAUGGGCGAUGUUGACGAAUCCAAAGGAUCUAGCAGCAGGGCCAAAAGGUUACGUUAAAUGCAAUAUAGCAAUUAACGUGAAAGGGGAGAAGCUGAGAGUACAUCCUGACACGGAGGGUGAGGAUGACAUCGAAGGGAAUCUCUUGUUGCCGAUCGGCGGUGAAUCUAUGCCGUUCCGGCAACGAGCUCGCUAUAUUUUUUCCAUUUAUCGGGCCGAUGGUUUACCGGACAUGAGCAGCGUCUGCGUGAAAAACGACUUCCAAAAUAUUAAUCCGUACGUGCAGAUUUCGUUCGCGGGAAUGAAAGGAUGGACCAGCGAGGCCUGGCAAACUUAUGAGCCGAGAUUCAACGAGAAAAUAACAUUCAGAGAAAUGUUUCCAUCCCUCUGUCAACGCGUCAGAAUCGCCAUCAAGCAUCGUGUCAACAGUUGUCGAACCUGCGUCGUGGCUUCCUGCAUUUUGAAUCUCAGCCACCUAUCAAAUUCUGGGGAAUACGGUUUCCUGCCAACUUACGGACCAUCGUUCCUUCAUUUUUACGGUAUUGGAUCGUCGGAGAGGAACAGCUGUUUCGGCAAGUGUUCCACAAGCCUGCCAUUUUAUCGCGGUAGACUUCUUCUCUCGCUAAAAACUGAAAUGGAUGACCCAGAAGCGUCGUCCGGAAUCAGCGCCGAAACAGAGCCUACCCCUCCCAUCAUCGAGAAAAGCUUAUGGAGAACAGAGGAAUAUUACCUGGUCGCUGUUCUCUACGAUGCGAGUAUGAUCGAUCGGCGAAGAUUUUCAUGGAAAUCAAUAAGCUUCGAGGUUAGCCUUGGGAACGCCGGUAAUAGACAAUUCUCGCACAGCCAAUGCUUCGACGACAAUAACGACGCUGGAAACAGAACGAUAGCAGAGUUCGACAGCGAGACCGUGUCACGAACUACAGGGUCCCUGGAUGGCAAAUAUAAUUAUCUGCCUCUUGGCUCGAGAAAGCCGUGCUUGUACGUCAGAUCUUGGUGGCCCAAUCUCGAGUGGAGGAUGCACAAUAGUAACAGUUUGGCUUUCAUCGCUGAAUUUCUUGAACAGAAGUUGGAGAGACUGGAUGGUUUGGUAACAUUGGAACAACCGGACGUUUAUAAACUGUACAACGAAACGAUUCGUACCCUGGAGAAUCAUUGCAUCCGUUAUUUGCAUACGUUGGACACGGAACGGUACGGCGACCAGGGUGGCACCACGAAGCUCGAUCGACAUCGCGUGAAUCUCUGCCGUAAAGAGAUCGAGGAUAUCCUGAUGAGGAUCAAGAUCAACGGAGAGCUUCCGAACAAUCGUUACACGAGGAUCGCGAUGUCGCACGCGUACCAGUACCUCAAGAAACUGAAGAAGAUUCAGGAAGACCCUCAGCACAGUCUGCCAGACGUUUUCAUUUGGAUGAUAGCCGGCUCGAAGCGAGUGGCGUACGCCAGAUUCUCGCCAGAGGAGAUCAUUUAUUCAGAACAGGAGACGGAGAGAGGGAACAAGUGUGGCAGGAAAGUGGACGUGUUCAUGAGGAAUCCGUGGGACGAAGAUGAGGCAGAUUACGUAGCCUGCAAACUGGAAACAUUUCUAUGGCUUGGCAACGCGAAAUACAUCGGUGCAUGUUGGUCGUCGAUCCCCCCAGGAUACGAGGUGGACCACGAAAGUUACGUCGACUCGUUCCCGAAAUAUUUCGAGUACACUCGAUCCACGGCAUUUCGAUUACGAGCUCACAUAUUCCAAGGUCGCUUUGAUCCUGGGAUGGAUGCAUCCGGCUUAUUGGAUCCGCUGGUACGCGUCGCGUUUCACGGUUACACGGCCACGACCAGGGUUGUUAAACAAACUCUCGAUCCGUUCUGGGAUCAAACAUUAAUACUGCCACCGAGGACCGUGCACGGAACAAAAGAGCAUAUUAAAUUAAAUCCUCCCAGGGUGGUUUUGCAGACUUUUGAUCAGGACAUAUGCGGCAACAAGGAGUUCUGCGGAAGAUGCAUAGCCAUCCCAUUAGUCAAACUCGCGGAGGAAACUUACUCGCCGCCUGAUUUCCCUCCGAAACUCGAGUGGUACAAAUUUAAAUCGCAAAGGGAUUGCAGCGGCUCAGUGCUCGCUGCAUUCGAGCUCAUAGAGGUAGAAGACGAUGAAUCGGUAGAUAGGUCAAUGGACUCCUCGGAACAGGAUGUUAUUUACAACAUACCGACGGACAUCAGGCCAAAAAUGGCGAACUACAGACUGGAAGUUAUAUUUUGGGGUGUACGUGACAUGAAGAAGAUUUAUUAUUGGCCGGUUAUGAAACCUCGGAUUAUUAUAGAUUGCGCAGGAGUGAAUGUAAAAUCGGAAGUGAUGGAAAAUGCUAAGAAAUUCGAUAACUUCGAAGAGCCCCACAUCAUUGUCAGCUUGGACAUGCCGGAGCUCGAUAUCUAUUAUCCUUCAAUCACAAUAAAAGCGUACGACUCGCGAGGAUUUGGAUGUUUCAAAUACGCUGGGAUUUGCAUCGUGCCGAGCAUCCAUGUGUUCCUGGAGCAAUUAAUAACCGAGGAGCAUUACGACGAGCAGAUAUACGAGUCGAAAUCAAUCAUGAAGUGCCGACGAUCGAAGAAACAGUCCGCUGCGAUAGAACGAUUACCGAUCGACUAUCACCUAUCAAAGGACGAGAACCAAGAAUUGAUCCCCUACAAGAAAAUGACCGCAAACGACGAGUCGUCAAAAUUUCGUAAAGUUUUAAGAUCCCUGAAAGAAUUACUACUUUGUAGAAAGAAGAAGAGAAAGAAAGAAAAAUUUCAAUCGCAUUCGGAGAAUGAAGACGAGUCGCUCGAUUGGUGGAGCAAAUAUUAUGCUUCUGUAGAGGUGUACGACGGUGAACUGGAGAUGCAACCAGAGUUUGCAGGCUUUCAGGAUCGUCUGAGAACGUUCGAGCUUUGGCGUGGGAAGAAGAGCGGAGAUCCUGCUUACGAUAGAGACAAUUAUGUUGGGAAAUUCAAGGGACGCAUCGCCGUGUAUCGUUGGCCACAUCCGGAUAAUUUACCGUGCAAAACGAGAAGCGGUAGAAACGCGGUUAAUGGUUUGUGCGACGAUUAUCCGCCACCCGAGCUCAUCAGACUUCUGGUUAGGUUAUACGUGGUAAAGGGUAUCAAUUUGCAGCCUAGCGAUCCGCUCACCAGAAAGUCAGAUCCUUAUUUGUGCAUCAAUCUUGGGAAAACUUUUAUCAACGAUAAGAAGAACUACAUAGCUAACCAACUGAAUCCUACUUUCGGAAGACUGUUCGAGAUAGAAGCCACAUUUCCUCGGGAUUACCUGUUGACCAUACAAGUAUGGGAUUACGACGUGACUUCGAGCGAUGAUCUGAUAGGAGAAACUAAAAUCGAUCUGGAGAAUCGAUUUUAUAGUAGACAUCGUGCUGCCUGUGGUAUAUCGAACAGCUACAGUAUCGGUGGUUAUAACGCAUGGAGAGAUCGCGAGAAACCGACGCAGAUACUUCAACAACUCUGUAAGAAAAAUAAUCUUCCCUCGCCGGAGUUCGGCAAAGAUUACGUGAAAAUCGGACGAAAAAGAUUCCCCUUUGUCGAGGAUCAGGACGCGACAAGCAGGGAAGAACGCAUGGCGCUAAGGGUGCUUCAUCAAUGGCAAGAUUUUCCUAUUUGCGGAUGCGCCUUGGUGCCUGAGCAUCUCGAGAGACGACCACUUUUCAACACCGCGAAAUACGGUCUCGAGCAGGGUAAAUUGGAACUUUGGAUCGACAUGUUUCAAUUCGACGAACUUCCAGCGAAGCCACCGGUAGACAUUACCGCCCCGGUACCGGAGGAAUAUGAAAUUCGCGUGAUCGUUUGGAAUACCGAGGAUGUGCCACUCGUUGAAAGUCAAUUUCUUACGGGGGAAAAGUGCUCGGAUAUUUACGUGAAAGGCUGGUUCCUCUACGACGAUUACCAGAAAACCGAUAUCCAUUAUAGUUCCCUAAACGGAGAGGGUAAUUUUAACUGGAGAUUCGUGUUUCGAGUCUCGUAUUCGAAGCGUGAACGCGUUAUGAUCGUUCGUAGAAAAACAUCCAUAUUAGUCGGUAAUGAAAUCGAGGAGAAGAUGCCGUGUAAAUUGAAUCUACAAGUUUGGGACAGCGACCAUUUCAGUUCGGACGACUUUCUCGGCGCAUUAACGUUAGACUUGGCGAGAAUGCCACGGGGAAGCUCGAAUUCGAAGAACUGCACUUUGAAACUGCUCGAUCCCAAUCUGCCAACGAUCGAUUUGUUUAAAAUGACCCGGAUCAAAGCUUGGUGGCCGUUUGCUCUUAGCGUUGCCACCGGAAAUUACGUUCAGGCGGGCAAAGUUGAACUAGAAAUAUCAGUACUGCGAGCGAAGGAAGCGGACGAGCAGCCAGCAGGAAAAGGAAGAGAAUCACCCCAAAAUCUUCCCCCACCCAACCGACCGGAUACGUCGUACUCCUGGUUCCGGAAUCCGUGGAAAGCCUUUCGUUUCGUGGUCUGCCGUUAUUACAAAUGGAGAGUGAUAUGUUGUUUGAUAUGCGUGUUGCUGCUGGUGUUAUUCGCGUGCGGAAUCUACGCGUUCCCUGGCUACAUAGUGAAACGUAUCGUCGGCGUUUGAAGAAAACGGCCACGGUUCGACGGGAUGAAAAAUGAUCGCAGAUAAGAGAAUUGGGUCGUUCCAUAGAAGAAUUUAUCGAUUGUGAACACUUCGCGCGAUAACACCGACGCCAUUUGGCCACCGUUAAUUGCGCGACAACGCAAUGGAGUCGCUUGGUUAACGACCAAUUUCGCCAAUUAACGGCUGCUGUUUAUUGUAAGCCUGACUAAUAGGUCACCCUGUUCUCCAACGAUUGCGGUAAGGGUGUCGAAGAAGCGUAUAAUUUAAUGUUCUGAUUGUACGGUCAUAAAAUAAUAUAUAUUGUUUCGUAGAUUACGAAGCGACAAGAAAAAUUCUCCGAUAACGAAACCUCAUUAUUUUAGUUUAC